UUUUCAGAUUUAAAAAGAAACAGUUGUUCUUACAAACACAGAGAAAAUCAAGAAGAAAAUGGCGUCAAGAAAGAAGGUGCUGCUGAAGGUUAUAAUCCUGGGUGACAGUGGUGUGGGUAAGACCUCUCUAAUGAACCAAUAUGUAAAUAAGAAGUUCUCAAACCAGUAUAAAGCAACAAUAGGAGCAGAUUUCCUUACUAAAGAGGUGAUGGUUGAUGAUAGGCUGGUUACAAUGCAGAUCUGGGAUACUGCAGGACAGGAAAGAUUUCAAUCUCUAGGUGUUGCAUUUUACAGGGGCGCCGACUGCUGUGUUCUAACCUAUGAUGUCACUGCUCCAAACACAUUUAAAUCCCUAGACAGCUGGAGGGAUGAAUUCCUAAUCCAGGCUUCUCCCAGGGACUCAGACAACUUCCCCUUUGUGGUUCUCGGAAACAAAGUGGAUCUUGACAAUAGAUCGGUAAGCACUAAGCGUGCUCAGUAUUGGUGUCAAUCGAAGAAUGAUAUUCCCUACUUCGAAACUUCGGCCAAGGAAGCGAUCAAUGUAGAGCAAGCUUUUCAGACGAUAGCAAGGAAUGCAUUAGCUCAGGAAACAGAGGACAGUUUCCCUGAGAUGCCAGAUCUGAUCCGUCCUAACCAGCAGGAUACGAAUAGAAACAAGGACGCAUGUGGAUGUUAGGAGACUGGAUGUUAACUAUUGAAAGUUCUAAAUCCGAUUCAACAUAUUUUAUAAAACUUAAAAAUUUAUCAAUCAUUAGAUUGAGUGAUUGAUGAUAUUGCUAGAUAAGUUCAAUGAUUAAAUGGUUUUUUAAUACUUGAUCGUGAUAUUUCGACUAAACAAAAUAAAAAGGCUUAAAAUACAAAGUUAUAAAAUUA